CUCUUCACCAAACAAAUGGAAAUGGAAAGAAGGAGAGAUUUCAAGGGGGAGAACAACGCCAACGCCAACGCCAUGCCAUCUGAAGAUGUCACCGUUGAUUGGAGAGGACGACCCUCGAACGCCGUCUCCCACGGCGGAAUGAGAGCAGCUGCUUUUGUUCUUGGACUGCAAGCGUUCGAGAUAAUGGCGAUUGCUGCAGUUGGGAACAAUCUGAUAACAUAUCUGAUAAAUGAGAUGCACUUUUCACUGUCAAAAUCUGCAAACAUAGUGACAAACUUUGUUGGAACAGUGUUUCUUUUGGCACUUGUUGGUGGUUUCCUGUCUGAUUCUUAUCUUGGGAGUUUUUGGACCAUGCUUAUCUUUGGCUUUGUUGAACUUUCUGGAUUCAUAUUGCUAUCGGUUCAGGCUCAUGUUCCUCAGCUCAAGCCACCCCAAUGCAACAUGUUAGAAAGUGAUGGAAAUGAGUGUGUGGAAGCAAAAGGGUUAAAGGCAUUGAUAUUCUUUGUGGCACUGUACUUAGUGGCUCUGGGGAGUGGGUGUGUGAAGCCCAAUAUGAUAGCUCAUGGGGCUGAUCAGUUCAGUCCACAAAGUCCAAGCCAAUCCAAAACGCUCUCAACAUACUUCAAUGCAGCCUAUUUGGCCUUCUCCAUUGGAGAACUCAUUGCGCUCACUCUUCUUGUUUGGAUCCAAACUCACUCUGGCAUGGACGUUGGCUUUGGAGUCUCUGCUGCUGUUAUGGCUCUGGGUUUGAUCAGUUUGGUUGCUGGCAUUUUUUACUACAGGAAUAAACCCCCUCAAGGACCCAUUUUCACCCCUAUUCUUCAAGUCUUUGUUGCUGCCCUUUUGAAAAGAAAGCAAGUUUGUCCUUCCAACCCUCAUAUGCUUCAUGGAAGCCAAACCAGUAAUGAUAAAGUUGGCUUAUCCUCUCACUCUGCCAACCUUAUUCCCACUCAAAAGUUCAGGUUCUUGAACAAGGCUUGUAUCAAAAACCAGGAUGAAGCAGCAAAGGAAAGCCCAUGGAGAUUGUGCACUCCCAAUCAAGUUGAACAAGUGAAGAUAUUAGUUUCAGUUGUCCCAAUAUUUGCCUGCACAAUAGUUUUCAAUACCAUAUUGGCUCAGCUCCAAACAUUUUCAGUUCAACAAGGAAGUCUCAUGAACACCCAACUUACCAAAUCCUUCCACAUUCCUCCAGCUUCCCUCCAGUCUAUUCCUUACAUUAUGCUCAUUAUCAUCGUCCCUUUGUAUGAUACAUUCUUUGUCCCAUUUGCUAGAAAAUUCACUGGCCAUACCUCUGGAAUAUCUCCUUUAAAACGUAUCGGUUUCGGUCUCUUUCUCUCUGCUUUUUCGAUGGUUGCAGCAGCCAUAAUGGAGAAAAAGAGGAGAGAUUCAGCUGUGAAUUUGAACCAGACGAUAUCGAUCUUCUGGAUCACACCACAGUUCCUUAUUUUUGGGUUAUCAGAGAUGUUUACAGCAGUUGGACUCAUUGAGUUCUUUUACAAGCAAUCAAUAAAAGGGAUGCAAGCAUUUUUAACAGCCAUGACAUAUUGCUCAUACUCAUUUGGAUUCUAUUUGAGCUCACUGCUUGUGUCAAUGGUGAAUAAGAUCACAUCGAGCUCCUCCAAUGGAGGUUGGCUCCAUGACAAUAACCUAAACAAAGACAGGCUUGAUCUCUUCUACUGGUUGCUGGCUGCACUUAGCUUCCUCAAUUUUCUUAACUACCUCUUCUGGUCAAAAUGGUUCGACGAACAUCCAUCUGUCUCACAAAAGCCACAACAUAAUGACAACCCCCACCAUGGAGAAGACUAUCACAUUUAUAAUUUCAAUUCUUCAAAGAACAAUGUUGAUGAUUAUGUUCCUUGAUCAAGAGAUUUUCAGGCUACU